CUCGCGAUACAGGACCUCUGGUUGCUGGGUUACGGAGGAAGUGUUCGCAGAAAAGGCUGAUCAACGAUUACAUCAAGACGAUUUACAGAAACAAAUAGCUGUUGGAAGUCAAACAUGGCAACUCAGAGGCCACCUUCAGGGCGCCCGAUGAGUCGGGGUGGGCCAGCGCCGGGCCCUGGAAGACCACCUACUGCAGUCAGACCCCCAGCGACAGCCAUCCGAGUGGGGACUGGGGUCCCCCCUGGAACUGGACGCCCAGGGACCCGUGGAGGCCCUAUAGUAAACCCAGGCUUGCUUUCUGCUCCUAUCAAAGUAGCGGACCGGCCAGUCACCCAGCAAGGCCUGAGUGGCAUGAAGACUGGGAUGAAAGGACCACAGAGGCAAAUCUUAGACAAAUCAUAUUAUCUUGGACUUCUCAGGAGUAAAAUAAAUGAACUUACAACUGAGACUGGUAAACUGCAAAAGGAAAUAGACACUUUCAAUCAGGAGAAUUCUGUCUAUCUGUCAUAUGAAAAAAGAGCUGAAGCUCUUGCCUCUGAAAUUAAGGAUAUGCAAGGACAACUGGCAGAUUAUAACAUGCUUGUGGACAAACUAAACACCAACACUGAGAUGGAUGAAGUGAUAAAUGACUUUAAUAUGCUUAGAGGACAAAAUGAUCGAGAAGCCCAAAGUAUUGAUGUCAUCUUCACAGAGAGACGUGAAAAGGAAGAGAUGAUACAAGCUGUGGAAGAGGAAAUUGAACGGGAGAAGCAAACUGCUGACAAUAUCAUUAAAAAAAUGUCUCUAGAGAAGCAAACCAAGUAUGCAGAAAUGAAAACUAGAAAUGAGGAGCUGCUCCAGGAACUAGAUGCCCUUCAGCAGGAACUUGAUGCACUCAUUACAAGGAAGGAGACUUUGGAAGCAGAUAUAGCAAACUCCCAGGUGAAGCAGGAGGCGGUCUUGCUGUAUGAGAAGUUGCACGAGUUGGAAAUGCGCAGAGAUGUAAUGAUUGCAGAGGACAAGAGCCUGGGUUCUCCUCAAGAGGAGAGGGAGCGGCUGCUGAAGCAGGUUAAAGAAGAUAACCAAGAAAUAGCAAGCAUGGAAAGACAGCUAACUGAAAUACGAGAGAAAAUGAGUCAAGUAAAUGAAGAUAUGCGACAAAUUGAAAAUGAUAUGGAAGAACAUCAAGAAGGUGAACGAAACCAGAAGUACAAGGAACUUAAGAAAAGAGAGGAAAACAUGGACAGUUUUUUGGAGACAUUUGAUGAGACUAAAGCACAGGAAGUGGAACGCAAGCAGCAAGUGGAAGCCAUUAUUGUUGCUCUGCUGGAACACACGAGCAGGAAUAUGAAUCGAAUGAAGCAAAUCUCAUCUGUCACAGCCAAUGAAUUGAAAAACAUGCAAGAGGACCUCAGCUUCAAGGAGACUGAAAUGCAUAAAUCCCAAAACACCGCCAAAGGCUUGUCAUCAGAGAGUCAGCGACUGCAGCAGGACCUUCAGAAAGUAGAACAGCUGGAGAGUAAGAUCAAUACGGAGCUCAGCAGUCUGAAGGAGAAAAUCCAGGAGAUGACUGAGGGGCUGGACAUUUAUAGCAAUCUGGAUGCACUGAAAGCAGCAGGAGAGGAAAAGAAAAAGAGACUUCAGGAGGAGAGAGUGACACUUACAAAGAGAAGAGACACCUUUAAGAUGGUUAUGCAGAGAAUGAAUGCUGAAUACGAAGCACUAAAGACUCAGCUACAAGAGAAUGAGACUCAUGCACAGCUAACAAACCUGGAAAGAAAAUGGCAACAUCACGAACAAAACAACUUUGUGAUGAAGGAGUUCAUUGCCUCAAAGGGAAUGGAAAGUGACUACCGUCCAGUUGUCAAAAAUGUGACUAAACAACUAGCAGAAUACAAUAAGAUCCUCAUAGAGAGUCUUCAGAGUAGCAGAAACUGAGAGAUGGCUUCCUUCCUCGCUGGAAUUUAACAAUGGCACACUAAAUUCUUUCCUCAUUUCAGUUUCUUCAGAUGGGGCCACUAUAUUUCAUGUUCCAGAAGCACCCACCUAUGCCUAUAACUAAUGAUGGUUCUAAUAUUGUCUAUGCCUAACUUCUCAUGUAAGUUUUUAUGUACAUAUACAUUUUUAAUAAAUGAAUGGAAUAAAAUGGUUUUUACCAUG